CUUUAUUAACUUGCCCUUCGAGACGCGCGCGCGUGCGGUGAGGAGGAAUCGCGCAGGUGAGAGGUUCCGCUCUCUCUCUCUCUUGGCAACUGCGGCGAGGACUGGAAUGCCCGCCCGGCACAACCAAGCGAUCAGCGGCGCACCUGUGUGUGUUUCGGUUGCGGCGGCUACGCCCGUUCAGAGAGCGGCUCCCGGCGCCAUGUUUGUCCGACGUCGGCGGCAUCGGUGACGUUCGGCGCGCGUUUGCGGCCGAUUUGAAAGAAGUGUGCGCUCGACGGUCUGGUGCCGGUGGUCACUAUGGGCUGGUCGCAGCUGUCUCUGGGCCGCAAGGCGGGCUACCUAUUCGCCGCCAUCAGCCUAGUGCUCGUCUUCAUCGCCUUCACGACGCCUUACUGGCUCGCCUCGGACCCACGCGUGUACAGCGCGCAGCUCCUGCAGCUCGGCCUCUGGGAGACGUGCUUCCGCAGCUUCGCCGACCCCAGGGACCUGAACAUGGAGAAAUACUAUGUCGGUUGCCGCUGGAUUUUCGCGUAUGAGUACAACACGCUGCGGGACUUCAUCGAGAUCCCAUUCUUUGUGGCAGUUCAAGUGUUCUUCACCAUCGGCUUCACGCUGCUGCUGCUCGCCUCUGUCCUGCUGCUGGCCAUGCACAUUUGCCUGCCUUCAGCGAGAACGCUGCAGUUGCUCAAGGUCGUCAUUGCCUUGCUUCUGGCAUCAGCGGUGUGCAACACAAUAGCAGUGAUAACAUUCGGCGCCCGUGGUGAUGGCCGGGACUGGAUGCCAGACCCGGACCACAACUUCCUGUCGUGGUCGUUUGCCCUGGGUGUAAUUGGGGCUUUCUGCACCUACGUUGCCGCAGUGCUGUUUGCAGUGGACAGUCGACGCAUGGCACGCAAACUGGACGAACAAGAGCACCAACAACAAGCCUUUGGCAUGAAUCCAACACACACCAUGGGUGUGCCACCCCAAACCCGUGCCUGAAGCCAUCAGUGCAUCCCAUGACUUUGCUUACAUACAAUCAUGUGAGUGGAAAGAAAAAGGGCCUGGCAACACAGUGUAGCUGCAACCUUUAGCUCUGUGCCGACAUCCUUUGUGACACCUAACGAGGACAUCUGAUCGGUUGGCUUCAAGGCCUCUAUGUUUUGCCUCUGUAGCUGAAGUAGUCGAGGCAAUCUCCAACUGGAUUCUCCGAUUCUUCAAUUCAAUGCAGUCUUCUUGCACUCUGUGUUAUUUCAUUUACAUAACACAACAGGCACAUGUAGUAGGGGAGUUAGUUGGACCACACAACUUCAUCUCGUCUCGUUCGCAGUAGUUGAUGACACCGCCCAACUCGCACCAUAUGAAGGGCUAGGGAUGUACCACAAUUUUUUACUGUAUUCAGUGGGAGCCUACUCUGAAAUAAUUCAUUCUGAACAAGUCUUUCCUGAACCUAGCCUUUGGUUUAAGCAGCUAAACAAAUGUGCAUCUAUCUCAUAGGGAAUAGGAUAUUCAAUCUGUCAUCAUUAAAGCAAUUAUAGAACGCUUAAACUGACCAAACAUACAAGACUGAGUAAUAUACAAUUUUAGAGCCACUUGGAUAGCUUGAGGUGGUUUGUGAAGCUGUUGAGCCUGUGAGAACCACAGUAAAACAUAGUCCCAUGUAAACUUGCGCUCAAGCAAAUUUGCAAAAUCCACCUUUCAAUUGUGUUGACUGGUACGAAUUUGGGGCGGAUGUUUAGUAUGCUUAUUUGUGGCACUUAAAUCAAGCUAAUGCCUCAGAAAACUUGGUGGUUCAUCUCAGAUGAUUGCUAUGAGUGGAGCAUAGUUAUCUGCUUUUAAGCUGAUCAAUUCUGUGAGUUAUAGAUUUGCAAGAAGCCUACAGAAGCCAUUUUUAGACGAUAGUUAUAUGGUUAACUGAUUAUUAGCGUAAUUGGGUCAACCAAUGCACCACUGUAACUAUAGAAGUAAUAAUUAAUGUGACAGGUUUUCAAGUUGGAAGGCUGCAGUAACCUAGCAUCAUUCCAAAAGGGAACACUCAUCUUCAAGAAUGGUGAUGCAGGAGAGACCGCAUCCUGUUUUGUGAUUCAACUUUAUGAUACUACAUAAUACGUCAAAAGUGGUUUUUGUAUGUCAGACAUUUUACACAAAUGAUGUAACAUUGUUUUGUCAUAUUUGUAUGGUAUGUCAUGGAGAACUAUACAAAGCAUGUCUGAAGGGUACUCAUUACAUUCUUCCAGACUGCAAUUCUUUCAUCUAAGCACUUCUGACAAGGAGUACCGUGCCUGGUGCUUACUUGUAACAAAUGUUUUUUUGUGAAACUAGGGAGCAGUUUGCCUCGUUGUACACCGACUUGCCAACUUCGAAGUUGAAUUGUGUCUGGAAGCAACAGUGUUCAGGUUAAUGAGUAAAGCCUUCAAAGAGAAUACAAUGCUAAGAGUUCUCACACAAUCAUCUUCAUAAUUUGCCUGGAAAGAAAUGACAAUGGCCUAGUAUUGUAGCACAUGAAAUAAAUUAAUUUCAGCGUUUGUGCUUUCCUUAACCUACGUCUGCAGGAAUGUUCCACGUGAAUGAAUACUGCAAUCUGACAGAAAAAAAAAAGCAGAUAUGUGAUUAGUUGGCGAUGUUUUUCUUUUUUUUUUUGUCGUAUGAUUGGAAAUUCUUUCAAGAUAGCAUCCAAUGCAAGCCGUGUGAUUUUAACACUGCUUUGUUCCUGAGUAGUCUAAGAGCCUGUAUAAAUGUUUAUUUAAUAUGCAGUUGUAAUGGGCCUGCACAACUGAAUUUCCUGGCCAGCAUUCCAUCCAUCAAAGUAUAAUGAUGCACAGAUCUGAUUUAUUACAGAAGGAUGCCUUUGUGUGCACCGGCAGAAAAAUAGUGCCCUUCACUAACUUGGCUAGCAUCAUUACAUUCUAUUCUUUACAUUCCAACUAUAAGCUGUUUCAAUGGACAUAACUUGUUCUCUAUUCUGCAGCAUAGCUACAAGUCUUGCACUUUGAACCUUGUAGACUAGAUUCCAGUAUGACAUCCCAUUUUCGAUGUGAAUCUCUAAGUAGUGUGCCAUCUGAUGUCUUGUCAGGAUGCCCGCACACAUUGCCACAUUUUUAGUUUGGAUUUCAUCUUACUGGAAUGAAUUAUUAUGUGAUUUUAUCAUUUGAAUCUCAGCCUGAUUGUUCCACCCUUGUUCGUGACUAAUAUUUAAUGUUCAUGUCAUUCCACCUUUGCCUUUUUGAAAACUUAUCGCUGGUGUGUUGCCCAUGUUUUCGUGAAGUUGUUAGAAUAUGCCUAAUUCAAGAGGAAAAAUGUAGUCUUCUUUUUAUUGAGAAGGGUAGAUUUUGUAUUGUUUCACAGAAAGAAAAUUGAACAAACAAUUCCCACAGGACCUGUGCCUCAUUCUCUCAUCCGUCCAUUGAACUUUGUGUGCCUUCGUAUAAUCGGAGGCUCUAUUUUUUAAGGUGUUCAGAGUGUGUGUGUGUGCCAAUGUGCUUUUUAUGUAGAGGGUUCUGGCUGGUGCCAUGAUGAUGGAGCUUUUUGUAGGAAAAUUAUUUACACAAGUCGUGCACCAUUCUUGCACAGUGUUUUGUAUUAUCCCUGCUGUUUUGUUUCUGAGGGAACCAUUUGUAAAUAAAAUAAAUAUUGCGCCGCUUGUUGUUUUUCUGUUGCAGCCAUCUCAUAUAUGUGAAAUGCAAGCAGGAGUUAAGCAUUGCUCAAAGCAAGAAAGAAUGCCCUCAUGUCCGCACUGGGUUGUGUCUUGAGAUUGCACUUGUCAUAAACUUGUAUGGCUGCGGUGCUAGUCUCAAAUCAUUGUGCUGGCACGUGAUGGAUUUUUUUUCUCCCUGUUUCUGCAGAAUAAAGAUGUGAUGACCAAAA